GUAUAUAUUAUGUCAGUCUUAGCAAUUAAGCGAGACUGCUGAUAUAUUGUUUUAUUCAUGUCAAAAACUAAGAAAGUUUCAUUGGGUAGCGAUUUUCGUGUAAUUAGUAUACGUGGUGACGGAAGAUGCUUGUUUCGAUCGGUUGUGCACGGUGCUUGUUUGAGAUCAGGAAGGCCAGUUCCAAAGGAGAAUGUUAUUCAGGAACUUGCUGAUGAUCUCAGAACCAAGGUCGUGAACGAGUUGAUCAAGAGACGGGCUGAAACUGAGUGGUUUCUUGAAGGUGAUUUUGAGGCAUAUGUCUCACAUAUGCAGCGGUCACAUGUUUGGGGUGGUGAACCAGAACUCCUUAUGUCCUCACAUGUCCUCAAGGUACCUAUAACGGUUUAUAUGACGGACAAGAAGUCCAGUUCUAUUAAAGUUGUAGCACAAUAUGGACGAGAAUAUGGGAAGGAAAACCCAGUCACUGUUCUUUAUCAUGCUUACGGACACUAUGAUCUCUUGAAGAGUCCUCUAACUGGGAAUAACAACUAAGUAUCGUGUUACACAAUAUCUUUGUUGAAAGUGUAAAGCGGGCACACAACAGUCUGACAAAUGCUUAUGUUUUAGGGAAGUUAGGGAAUUCAGACUACUUUAUAAAUGAAUUCCGUAGUUCACAGGAAUCUGUUACAAUAAAACAUGAAAUUGUGCAAA